AUGUCAGAGCAACAAGUAUCAGCGCUCCUUCAAGCCCGCUAUGGAGCCUAUCUCCCAUCGCCCUCCUCCUCCUCAUCCUCUACCACUUCCUCGCCCUCGGACCCCACCAUAGCGACCCUCCUCGCCCACCGCUCUGUCCGCGAGUUCCUACCUUCCAAACCCCUCCCAGAGAACACAAUCGACCUCCUGGUGGCCGCGGGCCAGUCGGCCCCAACUAGCUCCAACCUGCAAACGUGGUCCGUCAUCGCCCUAACGGAUCCAUCCGUCAAGGACCGCGCCGCGCGACUGGCGGCGGAUCAGGACUUCAUACGGGAAGCGCCGCUGUUCCUGGUAUUCUGCGCUGACUUGCAACGUCUGACUGCCGUGAGCCGUCUCCGUGGUACUGCAGGUCUCGGCCUCGAGUAUACGGACACAUUCCUAAUGGCGGCCAUGGACGCAGCCCUGGCAUCGCAGAACGUAGUUGUCGCAGCCGAAGCCCUGGGUCUAGGCGCCUGCCACGUCGGCGCCGUGCGUAACCGCCCGCACGAGAUGGCCGAACUACUAGGCCUGCCUCACCGGGUCAUCGCCCUCGUGGGGCUAGCCAUAGGAUGGCCCAAACACGAGAGCACGGGGCAGGUCAAGCCCAGGCUUGGCGCCGACGAGGUCUUGCACCGGGAGAGAUGGGGCGGCCCUGGUGGCGAUGACAGGAGCAACGGAUCGGCGCAGCAGGAGGCAAGGUUUAGCAGGUACGACGACGUCCUGGCCACGUUCAAUGCUGGAGAGAAGAGGGAGGGGGUCCCGGCUUGGACGGAAAGAUCUGCGAAGAGGAUGGAGGGGCCGGCUACUCUGAGUGGACGACAUAUCUGGAGAGAAGCGUUGAAGGAGAGAGGGUUUGAUAUGAAAUAA